UCCACACCCGCGACCCACGUAAAGGCGGUGCAACCACGUCCAGCUAUGCCCAACCGCGAGGACGAGGACGACGACGAGGAAGUAUCCGGUAGCAAUUGUAAGGACUAGUUGGCCCGCCAUUGGGAUACUCCGUACGGGCAGGGAUAAAUCAGCCGUUGGCUAUCGUUUGCCCGAUCCGACGGACGAUGGUUGGCUCCCGACUGGUGGUGCUGGUGCUCGGGCUGUUGGGGCUGGGCACGGACCCGGCUGGUGGCAACGCCGACGCCAAGCGCCUCUACGACGAUCUCCUUUCCAACUACAAUCGGCUCAUCAGGCCCGUACCCAGCAACAACGACACCAUCGUCGUCAAGCUCGGGCUGCGGCUCUCGCAGCUCAUCGACUUGAAUCUCAAGGAUCAAAUUCUCACCACAAACGUCUGGCUGGAGCACGAGUGGCAGGACCACAAGUUCAAGUGGGAUCCGUCCGAGUACGGGGGUGUCACCGAGCUCUACGUUCCAUCCGAGCACAUCUGGCUACCGGACAUCGUGCUCUACAACAACGCCGAUGGCGAGUACGGAGUGACGACAAUGACCAAGGCGAUACUGCACCACACGGGUAAGGUCGUGUGGACGCCACCGGCAAUCUUCAAGUCCUCCUGCGAGAUAGACGUGCGCUACUUCCCCUUUGACCAGCAGAUCUGCUUCAUGAAGUUCGGCUCGUGGACCUACGACGGCUUCCAGAUCGACCUGAAGCACAUAAACCAGAAGGCGGGUGGCAACCAGGUGCCGGUGGGCAUAGACCUGCGCGAGUACUACCCCAGCGUCGAGUGGGACAUCCUCGGGGUGCCGGCCGAGCGCCACGAAAAGUACUACUCGUGCUGCAACGAGCCCUACAUCGACAUCUUCUUCAACAUAACUCUGCGCCGCAAGACCCUCUUCUACACGGUCAACCUCAUCAUCCCCUGCGUCGGGAUAUCCUACCUGUCGGUCCUAGCUUUCUAUUUGCCGGCCGACUCGGGUGAAAAGAUAGCCCUCUGCAUCAACAUCCUCCUCUCCCAAACCAUGUUCUUCCUCCUCAUCUCGGAGAUCAUACCCUCGACAUCCCUGGCCCUGCCCCUCCUCGGCAAGUACCUCCUCUUCACGAUGGUCCUCGUCGCCCUCUCGGUUGUCGUGACCAUCGUCAUACUGAACGUCCACUAUCGCAAGCCGAGCACCCACAAAAUGGCCCCUUGGGUACGCAGGGUCUUCAUUAGGAGGCUACCCAAGCUCCUCUGGAUGCGCGUGCCCGACGACCUGCUCGACGACCUGGCCGCCCACAAGAUAUACGGGCGCAGUCCCCUCCAGCCACCCCCACCGCUCUCGACCCUCCAACAGCUGGUCGCCGGACUGGGCGAGUCGCCCCUCAACGCCGCCGCCACGGGCAUGCACUCUCACCAACAGCAGCAGCACCAACAACAACAACAACAAUAUUACCACCAGCAGAACAACAGCGCGUGUGGUGGUGGGAAGCCGACGAGCAAGUUCCGGGAGGCGGUUGUGGCGGCGGUGCAGCGCUCCUCGUCGCUGCUCUCCUCGCCCGAGUCGAUGCGCCAGCAGCAGCUGGCCCACGAGCUCCAGUUGCAGUUGCAGCAGAACGCCGCCCAGCAGCGGUGCAACGGGUUGCAGCACACGACCAACGCCCACAAUCGCUUCGCCGUGGGCAGCAUGGCCGGGUACAACAACGGGCUGCCCCCCGUCGUGCCGGGUCUCGACGAGUCCAUGAGCGACGUCGCCGGCCGCACCAAGUACCCCUUCGAGCUCGAGAAGGCCUUGCACAACGUCAUGUUCAUCCAGCACCACAUGCAACGCCAGGAUGAGUUCAACGCGGAGGACCAAGACUGGGGCUUCGUCGCUAUGGUGCUGGACCGGCUGUUCCUCUGGAUAUUCGCCAUCGCCUCGCUCGUGGGUACCUUUUUGAUCCUGUGCGAGGCCCCGGCCCUCUACGACGACACCAAGCCCAUCGACAUGGAGCUCUCCACGGUCGCCAAGCAGAUGUUCCAGCCGAACAAGCAGCUCGAAAACUUGCUGCCCCACUGAAUACACACACCCACUUCUACCUAAUCCAAUACCUACAAUUACACUUUUAUUAUUUAUUAAUCAUCAAUAAUAACGAUACUGUGUACAUUGAGUAGUACCUACCAUAUAUAUACAUACACUGCUCUCUCUCUCUCUUGCUGCUGUACGCGGUGAACGCAAUUUUUAUCCAACGUAUACCUAAGCGUAUAUGUGUUACAUGUAUUGCAUUGCGUUAUGAGAAUAGACAAAGACCGGCAUCUUUGGGUGCGAUUCUUUUAAAAUCUGGAGAUGAGCAGCGCGUCGAAACACUGCCUAUGAUAUUUAUACAUGUGUACCUAUCGUGCGACUAACGCCGUGUUAUUAAAAUAUACCAUUUUUUCAAUCUCUGUACAUAAUUAAUACGGGCAUGAAUUGUGCCGCACAACAGCGCGAUUAGACAAGUUGAAGGAAUUUGUUUGAACAAUCGGGUACACUUUUUUUUACGAUCAACUCUGUUGAGUGUAUAAUAUGUUCUUGGUUCCCCUGGACAGAUGGAUGUACGUUUAUCUAAUCGUGGCACUGACGAUUUUUCACGGAAUAAACAGUUGGCAAAUGUUA